GAGAAGAAUGAUGUGUUACAACUAAAAAUGCCGCAUCGCAGGAAAUCUUGACACAGUUCUGGAGAAGUUUGGCUUAGACAACAUCAAACUGCAUUUGCGGCGGCACAGAAUCAUUCAUCUAUGCUUUAGGACCAUGGAGGAAUGGUAUGAGUGGGCCCUGAUUCAGAAUGGUCCAGCAUAAUGACACUGACCAUGCAGUUGCGCGACAGGGCCCAUCCAAGCUGGCCGAGUCCCCUAAAUCCUGUGCUGUCCCACCAACACACUUUCACCCCUUUCGAGACCAGCGGGAGUGUGACCUCAUCACCCAGGUUGUGGAUUACUUGAGCCACAGUGGAUUUUACUGGGGUCCCUUGGAAGUAGAUGAAGCUCACUCUCGACUUGCCAAACUUCCUCUUGGGACGUUCCUGAUCCGGGACAGCAUGCAAGCAAAUGUUUUCUUCACUCUCAGCUAUCGGGCUCCCGAGGGCCCGACCAGCGUGAGGGUGCUCCUGAAGGAUGGAGGAUUCAGUUUAGCAGGCAGUAAACAUACUUUCUCUUGCCUUUUUGGCCUGCUAGGAUACUAUAUUGCAUCCCCAAAAAAGAGUCUGAGUAUGCCGUAUCGCGGAGAAGCGCCGCAGAGCUUGCAAGAACUGGCGAGAAGAGCUGUGGUGCGGAGUUUUGGGAAAGAUAGUAUUCAACAUCUGCCUGUGAGCAAGAAAGUUAAAGAAUUUCUGUGGUUGUACCCUUUUAGUAUAUGAAUGUGUGCAGUUCAUAUGAAGAUGUUACAGAUGUUGCAGCUCUAUAACAAAGUACGAUUUAUUGGAAACAUUAUCUCAAAGUACAUUUCAUAUGGUGGGGUCACAUUAGAGGAAAUUCAGCGAAAUUUCACGGGGCAAAAAAAAUGUCCUUUGUUUACUGUCAACAGAGGCGAUUUUGCUCACACAGAAAUUACUUUAAAACAAAGUAAUUUUCUUUUAGGCAACGCGGCAAAUUUGCACAAACAACCUGAACACAAACUUUAAGGUGGUUGUGCAACAAACUCCAGUCGUGCUGAUUUCUUUUGAAAUGACAUUGAUUUUGCACGCUAAUUUUCGCUAAGGUAAAUGUGACCACGCCUAUAGGAUUCUGUGCUCAUCAUUGACCCAACUAGAACAUGUACUGUAUUCAUGUGUGUAGUGAUUGUUUGGACUAUUCUACGAUAUUAACAAUGCACUACAAAACAUUUUUAUUAUUUGUUUUAAUGUGCAGUAAGAUCAGCGCAACACCACCACAGGCCUUCCCGCUGGUACUGGAC